UUGCUUCCAGUUGCUGGAGAAAAGGGACAUGUUAGAGGCUGCUCGGGCCGCGGAGCCGCACGUCCACACGGGGUAACGGACACCCUUUCAGAGAUGGGCAACACUGCCCAAAGAAGACGGAGACGAAUUUGAACAGUGUAGCUACGACCCGGGCUCGGCGUGGUGUUCCUGGACGCUCAUAUGCAAGAGUUAUUUGUUGUUUAAAAUGUGGGAGAUGGUGGCGUUACCGAGAGCGGGCUCUCCCUUCCUGUCGUCUAGGACAAGAUGGCAGCAAUGCAGGCGAACUGUGCAUGGUAUGGAUUUAUAAGUCCAUAACAUGUUCAGAGAAGCCCUGGAUCAUACUUAUAGUGACUCUAUGUGAAGGUAUGGCCUCACAAGUCUUGGUCUACCCACCACACAUUUAUCAAACCCAGACAAGUGCCUUUAGCAGUGUGAAGAAACUAAAAGUUGAGCCCAGCAGCUGUGUGUACCAUGAGAGGGCACACCCGCGGACUUAUCUGAACAGCAGAACCCUUGGCAUCGUGCACCCAACUAAACAAGCCCACUCGUUUGUGAACCCAGACUUGGCAGUGGGCCUGAAAGUGCGUGGAGGACAAGAGUACCCGGUGCAGACGGUGGUGGUACGUGGCGUACAGAGACAACAGCCCGGUAGAAGAGGAGGAGGAGGUGGACCAGGCCCGUACGUGGCCCAACAGCGGCAGGAGGCAGGCGUUGUCCACUCACAGGGCAAGGAGCAGCAGCAGCAGCAGCAGCGGCAGACAGACAUAGCAAGUGGGAGCAGCAGUGGAGCAACAGGAGCAGGAGGAGGGGGAAGGGGAGAGGGCUGCAGUGGGGGAGGUGAGGGAAGCGGAGAGGAGGAGGGUGACAGAGAAGAGGACUGUGGAGGUUUGAACUCAGCUGACAGCUCUCAGCGAUGUGGGCUGAAACGUAAAAGUGAGGAGCUGGAUAACCGCGGGAGCACCAUGCAGAUUGUGGAGGAACUGUCAAUGUUGCCUGCCAUGUUGCAAACGACGAAUGUGGGGAACGCAGCCGUGGCCGCUCCUGCGGCUGUGGGGGCUGGAGGGGGCCCCUCCAAACAGGGCGUGGGGCACGGGGGUGUCGGUGCAGCAGCAGGGGCGGGAGGAGGAGAUGGGGACUAUCAGGUAGUACAACAUGAAGUCCUCUGUUCCAUGAAGAAUACUUAUGAAGUGCUGGAUUUCUUGGGACGUGGCACAUUCGGCCAGGUGGUAAAGUGCUGGAAGAGGGGCACGGGUGAGGUAGUGGCUGUGAAGAUCCUAAAGAACCACCCUUCAUAUGCACGGCAGGGUCAAAUUGAAGUUGGCAUCCUUGCUCGUCUGAGCGGGGAGAAUGCGGAUGAGCACAACCUGGUGCGAGCCUUCGAAUGCUUCCAGCACCGCAGCCACACCUGCCUGGUAUUUGAGAUGCUCGAGCAGAACCUGUACGAUUUCCUGAAGCAGAAUAAGUUCAGCCCUCUGCCGCUGAAAGUGAUCAGGCCUGUGCUACAGCAGGUGGCUACAGCUCUGAAAAAGCUGAAGAGCAUGGGUCUAAUUCACGCAGACCUCAAGCCGGAGAACAUAAUGCUGGUGGACCCAGUGAGGCAACCCUACAGGGUGAAGGUGAUAGACUUUGGCUCCGCCAGUCACGUGUCCAAAGCAGUGUGUUCCACGUACCUCCAGUCUCGGUACUAUAGGGCUCCAGAGAUUAUUUUGGGAUUGCCGUUUUGUGAAGCCAUAGACAUGUGGUCCCUGGGUUGCGUGAUAGCUGAACUUUUUCUAGGCUGGCCUCUUUACCCCGGGGCACUGGAGUACGACCAGAUUCGCUACAUUUCUCAGACACAAGGUUUGCCUGGAGAACAUUUACUGAAUGCGGGGACAAAGACAGCGCGGUUCUUUUGCAAAGAGUCCAACUCACCUUAUGCAGCAUGGAGACUAAAGUCAACGGAUGAGCAUGAGACAGAGACGGGAAUGAAAUCAAAGGAAGCAAGGAAGUACAUCUUCAGCUGUUUGGAUGACAUUGCGCACGUGAACUUGAUGAUGAACCUGGAAGGUUGUGACUUAUUAGCGGAGAAAGCAGACCGCCGCGAGUUUGUGAGCCUGCUGAAGAAAAUGUUGUUGAUUGAUACAGAAGAGAGGGUUGCCCCGGCCGAAGCUCUCAUCCACCCCUUUGUAACGAUGCAACACCUGCUUGACUUUCCCCAUAGCAACCAUGUCAAGUCAUGUUUCCACAUCAUGGAUGUUUGCUGGACUCGUCCAAAUGCGUAUGAGGCCGCCAACCGAAACAAAGGUCCUUUCGUCAGACCUGUAAAUACAACCGCUGCUGCCUCAGCUAACCACCCUUUUAGCAAGAUGACUGCUGUCCAUGCUCAAGGGUUAGCUCCAUCAGCACCCUCAGUGAUGCAUCCUGGGAUACCACUGCAAACGGGAAGUGGUCAGUUUGGAUGCAGCGAGUCAUUUCAGCAAGCCCUCAUUCUUUGUCCCCCAACCAUCCAAGGUAUCCCCACCAACACAGCUAAACCAGCAGGCUACUCUGUUCGAAUGGAGGCGUCUGUGCCUCCAUUCACCCAAGCACCCUCAAUCCAGCCCAUACAAAUCAGACCUGGAGUCAUCACACAGGCCUGGUCAAGCCGUGCACAGCAGAUCUUGGUGCCCACUUGGCAGCAGGUGACAUCGGUGCCCCCGCCACCAACCACUUUGGCGUCUGACACUGUGGCAGGCUCACAGAGACUGGGUGACUGGGGGAAAGUGCGUCCCCAUGGUAACCAUUACAGCUCCAUGAUUGCACACCCUCAGCCGUUCUUAACCAACCAAAUGACCAUGUCCACCCACCAGCCAAUAAACAUCGGCAUUGCACAUGUGGUGUGGCCACAGCCCGCUGCCAAUAAGAGAGCCAAGCCCUGUGUGAACAGGGGCAGCAACAUCUCCCAAAACACAAAUAUCCAAAAUUUAACAUGCCAGUCCCCAAAGAUGGCCGAUACAGCAAAGAAUGUGGAUGAGGUGGCGGAGGAGGAAGCCAGAUGUCCGGAUGAAGGGCACGCUGUCAGAGAGGAGCAGAGAACAGAGCGGGUGGAGGAGGAUGACGAGGAGAACUGCUGUAAAGUGGAGCCAGACUGUGAGGAGCUUUCAGUUUCACAGGAGCAGCGGCAUGCCAUGGUGAUCUCUGACCUGGCCAGCCCGACUGUUAGCGUCAUCAGUAUAAGCAGUGAUGAGGAGGAGAGUGCACAAAGACACUCAAUGGGAGAGUGUAAAGGCAACGCAGAAUGUGAGGCGUGUCAGAGCACCGUCAGUAUGGAGAGAGUCUGUUCUCUCAGCAGUCCAGAUAGCACGCUCAGUACCAGCUCUUCAGCCUCAGCCCAGUCCAGCGCCUCCCCCUGCAAACAUCCCAACAGCAUGUCUGAUGACGAACAAGAGAGCGGUUGUGACACAGUGGACAGCUCUCCUGCCUCGCACACCUCCGGUCACACCAACAGUCCCUUCGCAGAGCGGCGCUACAUUGCAGACGGCAACCAGAACUGUGAGCCUCGUGUUGCGUGCGUUGCCCCAGAGACAGAGCCCAGCAAGCCAACAGUUCGUACUGUUGUGGUGCCUCCUAUGCGGGUGCAGAACAACAACAACUCUGCUGCCAGUGAAAUACCUGGCAACACAGUCUUAGAAUCUUCAUGCCAGUCCAAAGGGCGAGGCAUUCCUGGGCGACAACAUCACCACUCCACUCCCCUCCUCAACAGGCCACAGAAAAUCACCCCUGCAUUCCAGCCCCAGCAACAGCAGCCUAUUGGCUUUGGGCAGGUGCAACAUUUCAGUUCCUGCCACCAGGAGUGGAAUGGAAACUUCGCCCACCGGAGACCACAGGCCUAUAUCCCUCCCACCAUGCAUGGGCACACAUUCACCCUCUCCCACAGCAGCCCAAACCACACUACGGGCCCCCACCCCCACCUUGGAGGGCACCCGCACUCCCAGCCCACCUUACUUUCUUACCCUCCAUCUGGCCCCCUGGUCACUGCUGCACCUGUGGCCCACCUCCUGGCCUCCCCUGGGGCCUCCCGCCCGGUCCUCCAGCCCACCUACAGCAUCUCCCACCCAGCUGGCAUAGUGCAUCAAGUGGCAGUGGGCAUCAACCCCCGCCUGCUGCCCUCCCCCACCUUGCACCCGCAGGGCCAAUUCAAGCCCCUCUUCCCCCCGCACUCCUACAUUGCCUCGCCCGCCUACGGCAGUUUCCCUCUCAGCCCUACCAAAAUAAACCAGUACCCUUACAUCUGAGCUUGGCUGCCCGAGGUACCCUUUAUGCCACCUGAGGGCUAAGUGAGCAGGGCGAAAAUAAAUCUUAAACCACAAACAUGGUUUUUCAUUUCUCAAAACCAUGGCACAACCACAGAGAAAGCAAGCUAUUUUUUGAAUCAUGUAGACUUGGGUGUAAUUGAACUUCAAGCUUUAAAUAAUAAAAAAAAAAAAGUCCAAUGGUGGGGAAGAUUUGGCAAAAAUUAAGAAGGAAAUAACGUAUGAAUGAUUGAAUGAAAGAAUGACUGAGUAGUUAAACUCACACUUAAUGUGUUUUGCACAUUUGAUAUACCUUUGCAUUGGAUCUUCUACGAAUACUCCUCAAGACAGGUAAAUAAUUGGGGUGUUGUUAAAUAGUUAGACUUUGCACCCCUGAUCCCAGCUAUUUUUCUAUAUUGCCUUCUUACGUGUGCAAGACACAUCCAUAUUUGUAAAGCCAUCCCAGUCUCUAGCUCUAGAUUGACAGAUGCACAUGUUGUCCACGGUGUACGUCGUACUGCGUUUGAAGUAUUUGUACCUUUUCGGUGUCUUUUGGUGUUAGCAAUGUCAAGUGAAUUAACCGAUUUAAAUAGGGUUGUUCCUCACGCUGCAUGUGGUCUUGCAUGAGCAAAAAUGUAAACGGAAAGAUGCAUAGACGUUGCUCUUAUUGUUUGUGUCACAAGACUCGCUGCAUUGUAUAACUGUCCCCAGCCAUAGUGCCUUACAUAUUUGAGGUUGUUAAUGUUACUACUUAUAUAUGACUAUAUACAUGAAUAUUAAUGUACUGGACUGCAGCACUUGAAAUUCCAAUCAGUCGAUGCAUCCUAUGUGUGAGUAUAUAUAUGCACAUGUGUAUAUGUCCAUGCAUAGCCUGCAUGGAUGUGAUGUAUCGCGGAUAGCGGUGCUUAUUUUUCGGAGUCGGUGUAUAUUUCAGUGUGUAGUGAGUUACUUUUCUGUUCUUUCAACAAGAACAGCAUGCUUUGCUGUUGCGAAUGCCUGCUGUCUCAUUAAAAAAACGUUUUGUUUCUUUUCAUUCUCCUGUUCCCGAAUGAACUAGUGUACAAAGUGCAAGUACUGAGUAUUGCUUAAUAUUUGAUAAUCACUUUCUAUUUAGUGAAACUCUUACUACUAACAGUAUUUGUACUGUUUGAAACUGCAAUACAAUCUAAAUAGUCGUUGAUUAUUUUUCUUUUUUGUCUUCGUAUUUUUCGUUUUGAGUGUUUUCACUUUUUUUUUAAAUUUUUUUUUUUUUUUAGAUGUUUAGAAGUGUGGUGGGCAUGGCUUUGAUUAGGUAAGGAAAAAAUGCAAAUUAAGUCACGGUAUGGAAUCUUCUAAGCCUGAGCAAACCAUGCAGUAUUUGAUAUACACACAUAUAUGGACAUAUAUUAUAGAGCUAGACUAUUUAGUACAGAUGCUUGAUAAGGUGUGAGUUAAUUGUGUGCAAUUCUCUCAUUUAUGCAUGUGUGACAAAGUUAACUUUUUCCCUUUACAUUAUACCAUUUGUUAAAGGCUUAAGGCUUAUCGGUGUCAACUGCUUAUUUUAUACAUUCCGUCAGGGAGGAUAUAUACAUAUAUAUACGAUGGUAGCACCAGUCUAUAUAUAUAUAUAUAUAUAUAUAUGUGCGUGUGUGUGUGUGUGUGUGUGUGUGCGUGUGUGUAGAUAUGCUGCGUGUGCAUUUUUCUCUGUUCAUUUUACUAGUUACGUGUGUAAUUUUUUUUUUCGUCUUUUAUUUUCAAAUGAAGUUGCUUGUGCAGCACCAAAGACUGUAAUUCAUUUCUUGAGCAAGGUAGCUAUUCUGUUUGCAUAGACCUCAGUUAUACUGUAGUUGUAAAAUGAGGUUCAAUUAAAAACAAAAAGCUUGUAUUUAAAAAAAAUAAUAAUAAUAACAGAAAAGAAAAAGUAAAAAAACAGCCGAGGUUUUGUCUAGCUUAUUGGGCAAUUAAUAAGUCGUAUCAUUUCUUUCUUGAAUGUAUCAUAGAUAAGCUGCUAUAUGAUGAUUGCCACUUCGAUAGCUGUGAAAUUAGGUGAUUUCUCUCUGAGUUUAAGCCUAGCAUUGCUAUUUUUGUAUAGGUCCCUAAUUAUCUGAAAUAGAAGUGGUUUUGAUUUGUGUGUUUUUUGCGUUUCAUAUUUGGAGUGUCAUUGUAACUACUGUAUUGCUGAUGAUGAACAUUAGUUGCAUUUGUUGUUUCUCGGGGUGCGUGUUUUUGCAUCAGUAUUUUAUCCUUAUUAACCUUUCGGGCUCGUCACUGCAUAUAAAUGAUGUAUCGAUGUAACUUAAUUUUUGUAUGUUUUCAUAUUGACGUUUUGUACACAUCUAAAGCUGUAGCUUGCAGGAUUGAUUUAACUUUUUCAACGAACGUAUACGGUAUGCUACCAGUACUCUGUAGUGAGUGAGUUGCGAGGAGCACUGUGAGAUGCCGGGAGAAAAAUUACAAAAAAAAAAAAAAAAAUUACAAAAAAAAAAAUCCACCAGUCAAUCACAAACACACUCAGCACUCAUACAGGUAGUGAGGCUUGUACGGGCUUGGGUGAUUUAGACUGCACGAAAUAAACUUAGCCCGCCGUUUCUGUUCCAAAGUAACGCUUUACAACUUGUUUUACUGUUAAAUUGAUUUAAGCGAAUAUUUAUUGCAACCCUUUUAUCUGUUCAAUGUUAUAACUGGCUAGGAUAUCGCUGUCACAGUUCGAUGUCCUGAACUGCCUUGUGUUCGGAUCGCUCUCCCCUUUAUGAGUGUCUCAUAUCGAAACGAUGUUCUGUCAGUGCAAAGCAGUGGCCAUUGUUAUGUGUCCUUUAUUGAAAUUGAGACAGUGUGAGCAGCACUGCGUAUGUGCCUUGAGAUUCAGAAAGUGGGAAUUCGCAAUGGUGAUUUCCUCGUCGUAAAUUUGAGGAGGACGACAUAGAAUCCAGUUGUUAAUAGACUUUCAACAGUCGCACAACUAAGAAUUAAUACAGAUAAAAACAAAAAAAAAAAAAGAGAGAGAAAAGAAAGGACGUCAUCACAGUGUCAUUGCAGGGAAAUUGAACUUCUCUGAUCAGCUUGUAGACCCACAGCAUGGCGGUGGCGGUGCCCCUCUUGUUUCUGAUAUCCGCCACCGACGCCUCUCCACGAUAAAACACACACACACACACUUUGAAUGAUAUGACACUCACAGAUCUUUUGGAUAGUCACUCUGGCUGAACAGCAGAUGCAAUACUUUACAUUGUGCGGUCAUUGCACCACCAAGUGUUCUUAGAUAAUCUCCAUGCUUUACAUUAACCUUGCAUGUACACCUACGUUGCUUCACUCCUCCUGCUCGGAGCAAGUCGAGUCUUUAGUGGGAGUACCCAGAGUACAGUCGACAGUGCUGGCGUUUUUGUAAAAUCAGAAGAGCCUUGCUUCAUGUCCAGGCAUAGUGUAUCUGGAUGUUGGCUCUGUGGACUGCGGAGGAGGGUAUUGUCGUUUCUCUGUCGGUCAUGAGUGUAAUACUCUACAUUUAAGCACCUAUAUGGCUGUAUGUGUUAACGGCUUUUUUUUUUUUUUUUCUUACCUGUACACUUUACUGACCAUACUCGACGAAUAUCACCUUUGGAAAGAAAGCUUAUGACGACAAGGCAUGAACUUGGCAGAUUAGUGCUUGACAUAGUCCCCCUGUAAUAAGCAUGUGAAAUGUAAUCUGUGUUUUGAUUCCCUCAAAGGUAUUCACCAGCAAUGCGCCUGCAUAAACUCUCCCAUGCUUGUUUAGGAAAAGAAUGGAUGCAAGAGGAGAGAAAACUGUUUUUAGUUGUUCCACGUGAUUUACGCCAUGGUUUAUGGAUGACCUUUUUCUUUCUUUGUGAGGAUUCAUGUAACAUUUAACAGAUAAAACAGUCAUUUGUAAAACUGCUACUAUUACAGUUAUGAGUUUGAUAUCGGAUAAAAAAAAAUCCUCUGCUGCGGUAUUAUCCUUUAGAGAUCUUAAUUCAGGGUCUGUAUUAGUCUAAAUGUGCAACUGUGUAACUCUUUGAUUUGAUUUAAUGAGAUUUGUUUUACUCAAGCUCUUAUUUUGUGGUCACCUGUAUCGAUUUCAGAGUUAAUUCACACUGCAAGUUAUGGAACCAUCUGUUUAGAUUGCUUGUCAAUUAGACUUGAUUAUGAAAUCCGAACUGUUACUGUUUUAAUACCUGUAGAUUUUUUGUGGCUUUGUUUAUUUUUAUUUUUUUUGUUUUGUUUUGUUUUUCUGUUUUUGUUCCAUUUGCUUUUCUUUUUGUGCUACACUAGUUUGCCAUGUAGCAAUUGCACUGUGCAAUAUUUACAGUAUGAGGACUGGGAAAACUAACUCUAUGGAUGUGAUGUCUCUUUACAGUUUGCGAUAGUGUUUCCUCUCUAGUUCUCAGUGAUUUAGGUGUGACCAAGCCUUCUCUACUUUGUCACAUUAAGCGGGUUUUCCAGGUGACUCUUUUGGUGAGUGUCAAAAUAAGACUUUAUGGUGUAUUAUUGUUAAGAUUCACUUUGAAUUAAAAAAAUCUAUUGAUGCA